AUGGGUACUUAUCACUUUGACGUUGGUGAAUAUAAUGCCACCGCAGGUAUAAUGAAUUUGAUCCAUGGGUCGUUAUAUAAUGGAGCAUCUCCAGGUACAGGUAUAAAUAAUAUUCUUAAUAUUGCUCAUAAUUUAAUGGCUUCUCCUAUAUCUCCUAUAUUAAUUGAUUAUAAUGUUAAUAUUCAAAAUAAUGUAUUUGGAAAUUAUCCAACUCAUGCUGAUAUUGCUCCAAGUAUUGUUUUUGCAAUAUUAUUUGCUAUAACAUUAGUAUUACAUUGUUUUAUAUUAAUUAUUAAUACUUCAAGAGGUCAUUUUUUUUAUUUAUCUUAUGUUUGGAUAUUUUAUAAUUUUAUGAAAGUUAUUGGAUUUGCUUUAAGAGCAAAAUGGGCAACAGAUAUUACUUUAAUUUCUAUUGGAUUAACAAGUGAAAUAUUUUUAAUUGUACCUGCUAUUAUUAUUGUAAGUGCUAAUUUAAUUUUAGCUCAAAGAUUAUUUACUUGGAGACAUCCUGUUGGUGGUUCAAGAAAAUUAUUUUGGGGUUUUAUGUUUGUUACUUAUGGAUUUGUGUUAGUAUUGAUUGCUAUAACAGUUGCUGCUUCUUUUGUUCCUUAUUUACAUUUUUUAAGUUGGGAAUCUUAUAGAAAUUGGAUUAAAGUUGUUCAAUUUACUUCUAUAAUGGUUAUAUUAUAUUCUUUAACUUCGGUUGCUUUAAUUGGUUUAAGUUUUUGGUUACCAACGAAAAAAGAUGAAUUAAGAUAUACUUAUCAACCUUGGUGGAUUGAAUCUUUUGCUCCUUUUUAUUUUGUUGAAAAAGGUGCUGCUGCAAAAGCUGGAAAGGGGUUUAUGAAAAGAAAUUCAAAUCAUAGACAUGCAACAAGAGUUAUUGCUGCUACUCAUCAUCAUUAUCAUAGUGUUAAGGGGUUAAGUAAUCAAAGAGGUGAUUUAAAACAUAAUAUUUCAAUGGGUUUAUUAAUUAUUACAACUUUAUUAAUUUUAAUUGGUGCAUUAGGAAGAUGUAUUGUAGUUUUCCAAGCAAGAAUGAGAAUAUUUGGAAGUCCUGCUACAAAUGUUUGGUUCAUGUAUGUUUGUUGGGGAAUAUUUGAAGUUAUUAUUAACUUGCUUUAUAUUUUUGGUAGAGUAGAUUUAAGAUUUUAUCGUCCUGAUAAAUUACCAAAAAUUGUUAGAGCAAUUAUUACUGCUGAACAAACUUAUUAUCCAAGUUCAGAUGAAGAAGAAGAUGGAUUUCAUAGAGAUAGACCAGAAACUUAUGAUAAAAUUAGAGGUAGAGCAGAACAUGGUUAUAAAAACUCUGCUUCAAGAAUGGAACCAGCUCAUUUUAGUGAAAAUGAUUAUCAUCAAUCUCAACAUCAUCCUUAUGCAGAUGGUCAAGAAUCUGCAUUUGAAGAUGAUGAUACAAAUGAUGAUUUUGAUGAUUUAGAUUCUGCUGAAUGGGAUUUUACAGUACCAAAAAAUGAAAAAUUAUCUUCAAGUUCAGAUGAAUAUGAAAAAUCUCCUCCUUAUCCAAUUACAAAUACUGAUAAAAAGACAUUUAAUAAUAAUAAUAAUCAAGGACAUAAUGGUCAUAAUGGAAAUCAUGCAUAUAAUGCUCACUUAAAUCAUAAUAACAAUAAUAAUAACGCAUAUGAUAAUGAUAAUGAAUCAGAAUUUAAUUUUUAG